CCCGGCCCGCGCGCCCCCGCCGCCGCCCCGGCGCCCCGCCCGGCUCUCCCCUGAGCGCCGCCGCCCUCGGCGCGGCGCGGCCCGGCGGCCGGGAUGAAGCUGACGGACAACGUGCUGCGGAGCUUCCGCGUGGCCAAGGUCUUCCGCGAGAACUCGGACAAGAUCAACUGCUUCGACUUCAGCCCCAACGGCGAGACCGUCAUCUCCAGCAGCGACGAUGACUCCAUCGUGCUCUACGACUGCCAGGAGGGCAAACCAAAGCGAACGUUGUACAGUAAGAAGUAUGGAGUGGACCUCAUCAGGUACACACAUGCUGCCAACACUGUCGUGUACAGCUCCAACAAAAUAGAUGAUACAAUCCGAUACCUCUCCCUGCAUGACAACAAAUACAUUCGGUAUUUCCCAGGGCACACAAAAAGGGUGGUUGCUCUUUCAAUGUCUCCAGUGGAUGAUACUUUUAUUUCUGGAUCCCUCGAUAAAACUAUUCGACUUUGGGAUCUCCGCUCUCCCAAUUGCCAGGGCUUGAUGCAUCUCCAGGGGAAGCCUGUGUGUUCUUUUGACCCAGAAGGGUUGAUUUUUGCUGCUGGAGUCAAUACUGAAAUGGUGAAGCUCUAUGACCUCCGUUCUUUUGACAAGGGGCCAUUUGCCACGUUUAAGAUGCAAUAUGAGCGGACGUGUGAAUGGACAGGCCUGAAGUUCAGCAAUGAUGGGAAACUCAUCCUCAUAUCGACCAACGGCGGGUUCAUCCGGCUCAUCGAUGCCUUCAAAGGGGCUGUCCUGCACACGUUUGGGGGUUAUAACAAUAGUAAGGCUGUCACGCUGGAGGCAUCAUUCACACCAGACUCUCAGUUCAUCAUGAUAGGCUCAGAGGAUGGAAAGAUCCAUGUUUGGAAUGGGGAAAGUGGGAUGAAGGUGGCUGUGCUGGAUGGGAAACACACAGGUCCCAUAACCUGUCUACAGUUCAAUCCAAAAUUCAUGACUUUCGCUAGCGCAUGUUCCAAUAUGGCCUUCUGGUUGCCAACUAUUGACGACUAAUUCCUCCGCUGCAGCUGCUGUCGGAUGACUUCCACACGGUAACAGCAGCACAUCAUUGCAAGCGUAGCGUUGGAAUUGCCUACGUCUCCUAGACUGUGUUCCUGUUCCUGCAUAUUUUCCAUGUCUUACCUUUGUUUGCAGCAUUCCUUUGUGAGGACUGCUCCACACGUUCAGAAGCAGCAUGCUACAUGUUCUUACCUUCCAGUCCGUGUCCAGCACGGCUUUAGCCCAAGUUGGAACUGACACAGUAUUAUUUCUAAGGGCGGUGAAGUCUGUUUUAUUUACAAAAUGUUUGUGGGAUUUUUUUAAAGCUGUAAUUGUGUGUUUUUCUGCUGUAAGUGCACAAGGCUAUUGAUGUUCCAAGGUGGAACGUGCAGUUCCUUCCCAUAAGUGCAUGUUUUUAACAUCUGGGAUCUCUCUGGUUUCACUGCAGUCCACAAAUGCAAAUUCUUCUGUGCCAAACGUGAACACUGACAGUUUUCAACUUCAGCAGCGGAUGCUGAAUUCUCUUGCAGUGGAACACACACCAGAAGCGUGGGUGACUGUGAAUGUACCUGAUACAUCUCGUCAUCCUUUUUUUGGAGAUUUAGAGUGCAACUGUACAGGUUUUGUCUGCUGCCAGAGGUUCCCAAAGCCUCCCUGCUGUUUGCUGUGCCAGCAUCCUGGAGGCACAGACAGCACUUGUGAGGUCCAGCCAGUGUCCCAAGCAAUAAAGGAGUCUGUCAGCAGGAAGACGGAGAAACCAAACUGAGACUGAAAGCACAGUCUGCCUGUGUAUCUUCCUUAUGUACCAUCUUGGCUGAUCUUACUUGUAAAUAUCGUGGGGUGGGUGGGCAGUGGGAAUGGGCCAUAUUUUUUUACUUUUAGAUAUAAAAGAAUAUGAUGUGGGCCAGUA